CCCCAUUCCCCCCUUCUCCAACUCCUUCCUUCAUCAAACCCUAGCCUCCACCAAAGAAAGCAAACCCUAGCCUCCACCAAUAGUUUUCGCCGUCUGUCGGAGUGAGAGACUGCUGCCGCCGUCUAUCGCACUCAAGAACUUCCGUCUUCGUGCUCUCGGGCCUCUCGCCGGAUCCUCCACGUCGGGUGCUCGCAUCUCGCCGUUCUCCUCUGUGCUCGGCUGCUCGCGCCUCCCUCCGCCAGUGAGUGCUCGAGCUGUGCGUGUUGGUUGCUGCUCGUCGUCCGUGGUUGUCUCUGCUCGAUUCUGCCUCCCAGCCUCACUCGAGUCUCGUCUCAGUCACUGGCAUCUCGUGGUUCAUCUGUCUUGUCGCCGGCGGCAGAAGCAACUCGUGGGGUUGUCUCUUGCUUCGUCGCCUUCCGUAGGGUGGUCGCCGACUCGCCGUCGACCGUUGACCAGUAAACCAGUAAAUCAGUGACUAGAACGGUUUGAUGACCGGUCCGGUUUUCUGAACCUUGAUUUACACACAUAGGCACAGCGUUGGGAGCUCACCUCAGCUCACCUCGGUUCAACGCCACCGUACGCUCGCCGCCGUCGGCGCGCUUCUCGCCUGAUCCUCCGCGUCGUGUGCUCGCGAAUCGCGUCUCGCCUCUCUCCUCCAUCUGUGCUGUGUGCUCGGAAGCUUGCGUCUCACCACGCCUCCACCAGUGAGUGCUCGAGCUGUGCUUCUUGCAGCCGUGCAGCGUGUCGUCGUCGUCCACCAUCACUGCACCCAACGCCUGGUGUGCUCCACUGUUCGCGUCUUGUCUCUCUUCCUGCAGCUCCCUGGUGAGUGCUCGCGUCUCGUCGCACCUCCGCCCCUCCCUCGCCUCUCUUCCGUGGUUGUUGCUGCCUGAACUGCUGCUCGUCGUCCACCUUCUGCCUCUGUAACAACAGGUUUUUGGGUUGUAGUGAUGGUGGAGGAAAGUGGGAGGAGGAAGAGGCCAAACAUUCUGGUGACGGGUACCCCAGGGACGGGGAAGACUACGACAUGUACUGCUCUAGCUGAAGCCACACAGCUUCGCCACAUCAAUGUUGGGGAUUUAGUCAGAGACAAGAACUUACAUGAUGGCUGGGAUGAUGAGCUUGAUUGUUUUGUCCUUAAUGAAGACUUGGUCUGUGAUGAGCUUGAGGAUCAAAUGGAAGAAGGGGGAAAUAUAGUGGAUUAUCAUGGGUGUGAUUUCUUCCCUGAGCGAUGGUUUGAUUGUGUUGUUGUACUUCAAACUGAUAACACCGUGCUGUAUGACCGCUUGAGUAGGAGAGGUUACAAUGAAUCAAAGCUUUCUAACAACAUAGAAUGUGAAAUCUUUCAAGUUCUACUUGAGGAAGCUAAAGAAAGUUACCCAGAGGACAGAGUGAUUGCUAUGAAGAGUGACACCAUUGAAGAUAUUAAUAGAAAUGUUUCAACUUUGACGGAUUGGGUAAGGAAUUGGCAUCUUACAUCCUAGAUUCCUAGUCAUAUAAAAAAGGGGCGAAAAUGGAAAAGAAAAGAUAUUAAUUUGUAGAAACUUUCAUGUAACAGUGUGAUAAAAAAGAAAUAUGUAUUAUGGAUAUUUAUGUUGAACUUCUACAUGGAUAUGCAGUGUUGCUGAUUCGUCUUACUCGUGUCAAGUGUUAUGAGUUGGUCCUUUCGGAAGAAAAUACAAAAAAAUACAAUUUAAUCUCCGAAAAAUAGCAGAUUAGAACGCUUGUUUCAUUGAGAAAUUUAUGAGUAAGAACUUGCGUGGUAAA